AUGACGGACUUCGUGGAGGGCGGAGCGGUGCUUGCAUGGCGACUGCUGGCUACUUUAGAGGGAGGCUCCCUACUGCUGGCAACUUCUGCACUCCUGGCAUACACGGCUAGAUCGAAAGUGGCCCGCCGUCAGCGACGACCUGUUAGGAAUGUUCUAAUCACAAACACCACAAAUACAUUAGGCAGGGAAUUGUCCAGGCGACUUAUAUCGCGUGGCUGUACCGUGAGUACAGUGACGAGCGAAGCGGCAAGCGAAGCGGGGGCGGAUAGAGUAGACGCAUUGGUGGUGGUAGGAGCGAAUGUGAAGCAAGAUGGUUUACACGGUCUCUCUGAGAUGGUAACGGAAGAUAUGUAUGAUAAUGUUAAGCUAUUGGAGAGCCUAUCGCCGCUAGUGCGGGCCGGUGGGUGUGUGGCAUGGGCGUGCGCGGGCAAGUUGGAUGGAGCGUUCAAAAACGCGGGCACAGCUUAUGACGCGGUUAUUAAAGCCAGCCUGCAGCAUAUAGCAAAAAGCCGACAUUGCGAACCGGUCUGGAUCGGUCGAUUCGACGACGCAUCACUGGUCGCCGAGCGAUUGGUCGCUUCGCUCAUGCCUUGCGCCAACCAACAAGAUGUCGGCUUCUCGAUCAGAAACGCUGCGCAAAAACUCAGCAAUUAUCUUGGCAGAUGGCUAAAAAUCAUUACA